AUGGAAAAAGUAAGGGAAUUAGUUUGGAAUGGGGCACUGAAUGUUCAAUUCAUUGCAAAGUCUAAUAUACUCAUUGAUGGAAUUCCUGAGAAUAAAGGUAUUGUGAAUUUGAGAAUACCGAGGGACACAUACAUCAUCAACUAUCUCCCUUUAGUUCUCUCAAGAAUACGAAAUGUCUUGAAAAUAAACAUAGAUGACUAUACUGGUCAAUUUUGGUUUGAAUUCAAGGAUACUUCGAUACCGUGGCAUUAUCCAAUGGGUGUCAUUUAUGAUGUUGUUGAACCUGAAUAUCUACGAAAUAGUGCUCCCGCUAAUGACGACACCACCCUAAAUAUGUGGAAAUUGCAUUUGAAUUAUGGCCCUAAUAUACCCCAUAAUCUUUUGCCAUUAAUUGAUGGAAUAAAUCAAGUGGAAAAAUACUGGAUGCAUUUGUGGAAACAAGCCUGUUUUAUCCUCAAUGGUUCCUCCAAACAGGUGAUGUCAGUCUCUAUGAAGGAUUCUCAAAUAUUUUGGAACAGUGUCCUAUUACGACGAUUGGAUAACUUCGAACAUAUUGCACGUAGAAUUGUGCCUAUAAAGCCACGGUUUGUUCCUCUAAUUGUUCAUCGAGGUUUAUCGUUUGGAGAGGUCAAUCAGCCAACCAUUAUGACACAUAAAGAUGAUGGAUCAGCAUGUAAGAUACUAGAUAUUUUUGUUAAUCUGUCGCUUGAACGUAAAAGUUCUGAUAUAUUUAUUUGUCAGGGGAUCCAAAUUCCUCUUGAUAUGGAUUUAACUGCAGUCUAUAAUAAUUUUAUGAGCUUUGAUGGAUUUCUUCAUUUAGUGCUUAUAUCAGAGACUCACUCUACUAAAGAAAGUUAA